CACCGUUCGCGUUCAAAGGUCAACUACCCAUCUUCUCUUUCCUUAGUACGCCAAUAAUGUCCAAAAUCACCCGUCAAAACAGCUACUCCCAGGUGUCAUCAACUCAGAGUGGCUACGGCGCAGAUACGGAACCUUCAAUGGACACCGAGUCCGACUCAUCCACUACCUUGAAGUCUGUAUCUACUCUUGCGACGUCGGGAGGCUCCCAAAUAUCCUGGACCUCAUCCCAAUCGAGGUUUAGACAAGAAUUGGAGGCUAAUCUCGACGUUAUACCACGCUCAAGUCAGGAUAUCGACACGGAUUUCAAUAACUCCGAGCUCCCCGAGUGGCCUUCUUAUUCACAGCCGAGUCAACGAGAGGAAGAGUGCGUUAAACAGGAGUUGGUUCCUGAGGAUAGUUGCUCUCAGCCUCGUCAGGUCGACUUGGUGAUUCCGGAUGUCGGUCACGAUUAUGACGGUGAGUAUCAUGGUUCCCCGAGUCGAGCGAGUUCGCCGGCUAUGACGGCUAUCGCCGAUGACUCUCCGCCCGGGACUCCUCGAGCGCCAAGUCCUUCGGGAAUGGUACAUGGAGCAAAUGAGGUGGAACACGGUCACCACGGACGAAACUGUGAAGAAAAUACCCAACCAUUUCCAUUUCCAAGCUCUCAGCCCCAACUUCUGUCCGCCCAGCCUUCUAAUGCCUCUAUCUCCACUACACACUCGACUCUUGUAGCCUCCGAGUCAAGCUCUAGCGAGUCGGGGCAAUCGGGGGGUAGUCAGGAUCGCCUUUCGGACGAGCCUUUGGAUUCUUUCACGGUGCCACUUCUACAACAGCCCACGUUAGGUCUGGAACCAGCGAUUCCUCACUCUGCUUCGCUACAAGGAGUCCGAACGCCGAUCCGAGAGAUGUAUGGGUACUCUAUGGGCCGACCGGGACAAUAUCCGGAGUUCCCUCUGCCACAGGGGGGUGUAAGCCAAGCUCAAGCGAGGGACUCGGCGAUGGUACCGGUGGAGGAUUUGGUAGAGGAUGAAGGAUAUGGGGGGUCGGUUUGUGGUUUGAAUGAUUAUGACGAUGAUGGGAGUCAACUUAGGGGUUGA